AUGAAUAACGAUUUACAAGUUCGUCCGAAACCGAAAUUCGGUGUUAGUGACGAUGAUGAAGAUGAAAUGUUGAAUUAUCAAGAACUCUUUCAACGUUCGAAUCUUCAACCAUCCGCUCAAGUUAUUCGAGAACCGAAAAUCAAACGCCAGCAGUCGACUGAAAAUGAGGAUAGAAAACGCAAGACAUCCAACAUUGAUCUUACUGAAACCACAGUUAUGAGACCGAUAAUUGUCGAACGAGAUGUUAGUUCAACACCGAUUCAAUUACCGAAACCCAUCAAUGAUUCAUUUCCACAAGCGAAAUAUCGUGGAAAUGAAGACGAUUUAGAAAAAAUCACAGUACCAAAUGUAAAGAAAGCGUCGAUGUUUGCCAAACAAAUGUAUCGUGACGGAAAAUUGAAAGUUUGUCAAGAAUUAGAAGAAAAGAAGUCAUCGAUACAAAAUGAGAAAAUGUCGCACUCGAAACUUUUAACUGGUUGUGGACUUGGAGAAGUGACUGGUGAACGAGAACUUCAACGUAUUCAUAAUGAAAAUGUCGAACGAUUAAAUUCAAUGAAUGAAAACGAAAUUCUCGAAGAAAGAGAAAAACUAUUGAAAUCAUUAGAUCCGAAACUAAUUGCAUUCAUUCGAAAACGAACCAAACAAGAGGAUGAAGGACUUAUCUAUCGACCCUCAGCAUCCACUGCACAACCAAUGGAUAUUGAGAAUCAAAAAUCGACAACAAUACCAAUCGAAACUGAUUCGUGUUGGCUUCAUAUGGACAAAGUUGAGUAUGAAAAAUUAGAAUGGAUGAAAGAUUUACCAACGCCAUCAGCUCAACGAGCGCCAGAUGAAUCUAAUCCAGAUGGAGUGCCAGCUCGGUUUGAUUUCAAAGGCAAUUUGAUGUCACGUACUGCUGAUAUUUCAGUGACAGCUGCUCUUCACCAUCAUGGAGAAGAACCAGAAGCAGCAGGGUAUACAUUAGAAGAAUUAUUUCACCUUUCUCGUUCAGCUGUUCUGCAACAACGUGUUAUUGCACUUCAAACAUUGGCGAAUAUCAUCCGUCAAGCGCAUACCGGUGUCUACGAUCUUGACCUUCAAUUACCAUUAAUACAGAAAUUACUCGAAGCGGGCAUUGUUUUUCUUAUACGCUGGGCCAUGGAUGAGCAGAUUGAAGCGAUCUAUAUGGUUGCAGUUGAAUGCUUAGCAAACUUAAUCGCACCACGAAAAGAUGAAGAAAUCCUUUCCCGAACAACCCAUUGGCCAUGUGGAUAUUACGAGCCCAGUCUGACGCCAGCGGAAAUUGAACUAGGUGAAAAAAAGUCCGAAUCAGAUUUAACCGACGUGGAAAUCUUAGAACAAGAUCUAGUCAAAUGUUUAUUCCGAAUGAAUGUAUUGAAACGGUCGGUUUAUUUAUUGAAUGGAAUGAAAUUGUUACCAGCAUUGACCAGCACAAUCACAGUGAGGAAUAUCUUUCAUAUUCUCAUCCGCAUGGCCAGACAUUCCAUGACUUGUGCUAAUCAAAUUUUCGAAGAAAAGCAAUUAAUGGAUUUCAUCGUUCAAGAAUUCAUUCCGGAAUUCGCAAUACCAAAUGAUGAAGGUCAUGUAUAUGGACAUUUGUUACCGGAAGCAUUGAAGUUCUGUCGAGUACUAGCGAAUCAUGGAAGCACUCUUACUUACAAUCUGAUCCAUCGUUACGAACUACAUAAACGUUUAGGAAAUCAUUUAGUUGCUGCAAUGAACCGUUCGUUAUCUUCUGAAGAUAAUCAAGCACUUGCGGAACUCUUUUCACUUUGGCGGAUAUUCAUUCUACAAGGUCAUAUGGCCGAUGAAUUCGGUUCAUUAAUUCCUACAGUUAUUCUUCCAUUCUGUCGAACAUGUAUUCAACAAAUGCCGAAUAUGAUGAUCAGUCAAUUAUUAGUUCAAUUGAUCGCCUUGUUUGAUGCACUGAUCAUCCAUAUUACAAAAUUUAUCAUGAAACAUCGAAAUUCAUCGGAAGAAGAAUCCAAUGCGAUCAAUUGGUCACACAUCGAUGGCCUCUUCGAUAUUAUUCUAACAGUUGAAAAACAAACUCUAAUCGAAACUGACGAAGAGAUUGAUCUUGAUGCACUUCAAACAGUUGGUUUAUCGUGUUUAGCAUCAUUUCUCAUCGGUCAACAAUUACUGACAAUCAAUUUGUUAGAUCUUCCAUUGAAAGUGCAUCAAAUUCGCGUUCAAUUUCUUGAACCACUUUUACGAUCGACAUCCAUGAAAAAACUCAUUGAAACUGUCAAACUAAACACGGCAACACUUCCGACAAAUUCAACUCGAAAUCUUCCAACAUUGACUCAAACGAAUAUUUCAUCAUUCGGUUUCCUUAAUGCUCUUUUACGCUUGACCAAUAUUAUCUAUCAAAUCGAUAAAUCUCUACCGAACUCGAAGAAAUUUAUCACUGAACUAAUGUUAACAAAGAACAGUGAAAUCGUUGUUUAUGUUAAGAAAAUGUUGAAUAAAUUAACAUCGAAUUCGAUACGGAAAGUUCCCUGGUUUGAACAAUUCGAGCAUGGUUUUCUAUUUCAAUUCGUUCAAAUUCUUUAUCAAGAGAAAUCAGAUCAAGAUCUACCAUCGAUUUACUACGAAAUCUUACUUGCAUUACUACCAUCUCUUUUGAAAGGUUAUCAUUUUCUUGCUCAGGAAACGUUCAAAUUGAUCUUCUUCGAUCUAUCCUACUGGAAAAGAUCCAAUGAAAUUGAAUUGGCUGAUUUAUCAUUAAUUACAAAUGAAUCUCUUCAUUUAGCUUCGAAUCAAUCAAUAAUCGUCUCUUCAUCUCAACGCACGCUACUCUACGAACGUGCUAUUGAACAUCUUCCAUCUUUGUACACUUAUUACAAAAACAUUCUUCACAUAAAUCGUUCGUCAGUUGAUCUAAAUAUCUGUGAUAUUCAUUUCGGAAACCUAUUUCAAUCAGAUGAUCUAUUAAAACUAAACAUUCAUUAUUCUCAUACGUUACUGGACAUAACAUGGCCGUAUGGUUUACUUUCAUCGCUUUAUACAAAUGUUCUCACAAUUGCCGAUGAGAAUCAACGAUUGGAAUUGAUUUUGAAUUCGUUACGUUUUGUUUAUAUCUUAGAAAUGAAACAUUCGUUAAUUUUAUACAAAACUUUGAGUAAAACAACACGAUUCUCGAUGAUUGCAGGAAUCUAUCUACUUGGUUCGGAGAUUUUUCUCGAGAAAAACAUCGCUGAUUACUUAGUAGCAUUUCUCAAUUGUUUCAACGAACAAAAUUUGUUACAAAAACUCGAAACCAAAAGUAACAUUCAAUCUUUAAUGACAUUCUUCGACUUUUAUCGUACACUUGUCGAUCAAUACGAAGCAUGUUCUUUCGGUGAUAUUCUCUAUUCUAACUAUCUUCUCAUUCCUUUACAACAAAUCUAUGAUAAUCAACUACGAAAACAAGUUUGGAUUGAACAUUCGACAGUGUUAAGAUACCUUCGUCUCAAACCUGAUCAAAUUUUAUUUCCAUUAGAACAUUUCUUUGUUCCGUAUGAGAAUGACUUAGAAAUUCUUCGUUAUUAUGCUCAAGUGUUAUUGAAUGGAACGAUUCAAAAGUCGAUUCAACUAUUUUUAUAUAUGAUCGCAGUGCAUCAUUUGAAUGGAUUUCUGUUUGAUCAAACACGAACGGAACAAUUCAAUUUGCAACGAACAAUCAUGAAAACUAUUCAAUCGAUUUCAACAAAUAACAAGAUAUUACAUGAUGAACUGGUCAAUUACAAAACAUUUUCACGUGAAGGUCCGGUGAUAUUUGCAUCUUUACCUUCGAUUCGAGUUCAUUGGUUACAAAAACUUUUGCAAAGUCGAACUUUCAAAUCUGCGUAUGCUAUGUUGCGUCUUAUUUUUAACGGUAUUUGCACUGUAACCAACACAUUGCUAAAUCGAAAUGAAACUCAAGCAUCAACAUCGAGAUGGCGAAUAUUUCGCAAUUUUCUCGGUUCGACCAUGUCAUCCCUUGGUCGCCCAUUGAUCAGAUCAAUUGUUAAUAAUGAAACUGUUUAUGAAUAUGUAAAUACACUCUUGUCAAAUCCGACGACUCGCGAGCAUCAUCGACGAGCAAAUUUGGGUCUUGAUCGACACUCGCGACCUACUUUUCGUCGACGAACAUAUCAUCAUGGGGGAAUACGAAUUAUUAGACCAAUAAUUCAUGUUCACGUUCGUCAAUGA